AUGGAGCUCCCGGCCCCGGGCGGCCCCCGUCUCGGACACACCAACGUAUUCAUUCGAGAAUCUCUCUACCGUCUGCUCGGUGUCCAGGGCCAGCGCCAGAGCCUCCUGCCCCCCACCCCUUGCGACGUGGGGCCUCGGCUGCAGAUCCUGGGGCCACCCCAGGGGAACCUGGCUCUUCCAUGUGGCUUUGAGCCCCACAAGCCGCUGACUGCUGACUGCAUCCGCCUGCUGCCAUCUGGCCUUAGCCUCCCCCAGACCCCAGCCCCGAGUGAGCAGGACAGGGCCUCCCAGCUGGCCAGCCCUGGGGACGCCGAGGCCUGGCGCCUGGGCUUCCGGCAGUUCCAGUACCACGUGGCGGGCGGGCUGCCCCGCGCGCUGGGCCGGCUCUGGAUGCUGUGCUGCCAGUGACUGCAGCCCGAGGUGCGCUCCAAGGAGGAGAUGCUGGAGCUGCUGGUGCUGGGGCAGUUCCUGGGCGCGCUGCCCAGCAGGAUGAGGACCUGGGUGCAGUCACAGGCGCCCCGCACCCGCGGGGAGGCUGCUAGCCUGGUGGAGGAUCUCACACAGAUGUCGCAGCAGGAAGUUCUGGUAUCUCUCACUGACCACCAGGAUGGGAGCAUUGGCGAGGAGGAAGAUGAGAAGAGCCCGAGGUCCCAGAGAGACCCAUCCCAGCCUCAGCCUCCCAGCGUGAACGGGCUGGCCAAGCCGAAGGCGGACAGACUGAGGAUGCUGGAGCAAGGGGUCCCCGCAGGGGCCAGCCCAGGCCCGGCCCACUCGCCUCCGAAGCCUAGUGUCUGGGACGAGCCUCCCUGUGGACUGGCCCGAGACAGAGCCCCGGGCAACGCGUCCCCCGUCCCCGGGCAGGCCCAGGACCCUCCCCGGCCCUCGGGGAACCAGCGGGCAGAAGGGGGCGCCCCCGGGGACACUGCGCUUCGGGGCCCCGGCGGCCAAGGGCCGGCUUUGGAGGGGCCCGUGCCCCCGAGUCCCCCGCGCCGCCCGGCCGCAAGCCCCGCCGCCCCGAGCGCCCCGAGCAGCAGCCCCCCGCAGGACCUCGGGGGCGGCGGCGCGAGCGCGCGGCCACCGGAGCAUCCUCCCGCUGCGGCCGCCCGGGAAGAGGCGCCGCCGGGGCCCCGGGAGCCCGCGCCGCCGCCCGCGCCCCGCAGCGCCCCCGAGUGGCCCUUCGCGUGCGGCGAGUGCGGCAGGGCCUUCCCGCGGGCCGUGCAGCUCUGA